CACAUAAAAUCCACAAGUAAACUAAAUCCUCGAUUUGGGUCAGCGUAAAAGACUUAAAACAUCCAAAACAUUGCAUUUCCAUUGGAACACGUCGGCUUCGUUAACUCCACCCGCCGUCGCAUAUUAGCAUCUUUCCUGCCAUUUCGCUCUUCUCAAUGAUUCCUUAACGAGAUCCGGUUUGCAUUUGGUGGAGAAGUUCCCUAUUGCUUUUUCGCUAAUCUCGCUUUGCAAGGUAAUCUAUUUUCUUCUUUGUUUUUUUGGUUGUUUGAAUUCCUUUUUAUUGAAUAAUUUUUCUGUAUACGUCUUAGGGAAAUUAGAAAUAAAGGUCAGUAGAUGUGGUAUAUUAUUACGCUUUUUGAGAUCUAGGGUUUUGGACUUGGUUGGAAGCUCUUUCCUCUCUAAUUCCCUCUGUCAGUCCGGUUGCUGAACAAUAUUUGGAAAACAAAAAAAGGUGAGAAAUUGACUCUUGGAAUAUUUAGCAGUGUUUUGUUCCCGAAAGUUGCAAAUGAAAUUUCCUCUUAGUUUACACAAGUAAAAUUAUCUGGAUUUUAAAGAAAGCAGACGCUACAUUUAGCAACAAAUAUCUGCGUCUAGAUUUUGAAUUGUAAUAAACAGUACCUGUAUUUCAUGUCCGUGCACUGAAUUUCCAGUUCUUCCCAUUGGCACUUGCCACAUUUGUUUGGUAGUCUGAAAUCCUUAAACGAAGUUGCUUUACAAGACUUUGCUUUUCAAAGAUUCGAUUGAGUACGGACUGCAUUGAGAUCUCGUUCUCCCAGUGUCAUUUGCACCACAAUUCGUUGAUGGCACCUGCUGGUUCUAUGCGAUUGUCCCGUGAAUUGGGAAUAUACAGUAGUUAUGGAUGUGGUAAACAAAACCGAAGUGUGAUGGGAGAGGUUCGAUUAAACUUGGAACAUUUUUAUGUUACGCAGCAGUCAGCAGUGUUUCUUGAAUGCUUGUUACAUGCUGUCGUAUUCCUGGCGACAAGAUGCCUGGAGUCUCCAUCUUUUGAGCAGUGUGCGUGGUCCAAUAUUUCCUGUAUCCUCCAGAUGUAAUAUUUUGGUGUGCCAUUCUGCUAUAGUACCCGGGGGAGGAAAUGAGAUUCCUCUUCUGAAAUUUGCAGCUGUGGUUUUGAAAAGGUCAUAUGAUGCUCUACAUGGAAUCUCUCCUGCACUGAAAUUGAUUCCUGCUGCCGGUAUCAUUGCCUUUGCUGCUUGGGGUCUCGGGCCACUCCUGCGUCUCAGCAGGACCAUAUUUCUUCAUAGAAAUGAUAGUAGCUGGAAGAAAAGUACUACGCACUACAUUAUGACUUCUUAUCUUCAGCCUUUUCUUCUUUGGACUGCAGCAAUACUCAUCUGCAGAGCAUUGGAUCGUGUAGUCCUACCUUCAGAAGCUAGCCAUGCUGUCAAACAACGACUUCUGAAUUUUGUGCAAUCGCUAUCAACAGUGCUUGCAUGUGCCUAUUGUUUAUCAAGCUUGAUUCAACAAGCACAAAAAAUCUUCAUGGAGGCAAAUGACUCUAGUGAUGCAAGAAAUAUGGGCUUCAAUUUUGCUGGGAAAGCUGUUUAUACUGCAGUUUGGGUUGCUGCCGUUUCAUUGUUCAUGGAGUUGUUGGGUUUCUCUACCCAAAAGUGGCUAACUGCUGGUAGUCUUGGCACAGUUCUGCUCACACUUGCUGGUCGUGAGAUAUUUACCAAUUUCCUUUCAAGUGUAAUGAUUCAUGCGACACGACCAUUUGUUGCGAAUGAAUGGAUUCAAACAAAUAUCGAAGGCUACGAAGUUUCUGGUACAGUUGAGCAUGUGGGUUGGUGGUCACCAACAAUUAUAAGAGGCGAUGAUCGUGAAGCAGUACACAUACCAAACCACCAGUUCACUGUUAAUGUUGUGAGGAACCUUAGCCAGAAGUCACAUUGGCGCAUCAAGACCCAUCUUGCCAUCAGCCACUUGGAUGUUAAUAAGAUUAAUACUAUUGUCGCUGAUAUGCGUAAGGUUUUGGCCAAAAAUCCUCAAGUAGAGCAGCAAAGGUUACACAGAAGAGUUUUUCUAGAAGAUGUCAAUCCAGAAAAUCAGGCACUUAUGAUUUUGGUAUCUUGCUUUGUGAAAACUUCACGUAUGGAAGAGUACCUUAGUGUCAAGGAAGCCAUACUCCUGGACCUUCUCAGAGUUAUCAGCCAUCAUCGGGCCCGGCUUGCCACACCCAUCCGCACAGUUCAGAAAAUAUACAACGGGGGUGACUUGGAAAAUAUUCCAUUUGCUGACACCAUAUUUACUCGUUCGGGACCAUAUGCUAACCGUCCCCUCCUACUUAUUGAACCCUCUAACAGAAUCAGCGGUGAUGAUAAAAAUAAGAGUUCAGCUCGUCCGAUGCGUAAUGUAGAAAAGGAUACCAAGGUUGAAGCAGUAUCAACACCUGACUCCAAGGCAGACACCAAUACUGAAUCAGCUUCGAGUCUUGAUCCAAAAACAGAUCAUAAGACUCCGGGGAAUUCGGUGUCUGACUGUACAGACCAAAACAACUCUGAGGUGCUGCAGCUCAAGCAUGAAAACACAGGAGGUGCAGGGAAGGAGACAAUGGAACUGAAUUCCAAAGGUGUAACCUACCACGGAUCUACAGUCGAGAAGCCAUUAGCUUCUUCCCUGGAAGCAAGCAGUGAAAGAACAGAAAUUUCUUCAGCCUCUUUACAAGCAAAGCAAGAUGGUGGGAGGGCUGUUGCAUCGUCUACAAUACCUAUGCCUCACUUGGAAGAGAAUAUCGUUCUUGGUGUAGCUUUAGAAGGGUCAAAACGUACGCUUCCGAUUGAGGAAGAAGUGGCUUCAUUUCCAACAAUUGAAGAGUCAAAAGAGUUGACUGCUGCCAGAAAUGGGAGCGAGUCUCCUCCCAUUACCAACGAUAAGAAAGACGGUCCAAAUGCCAGCAAUUCCUAGCGGCACAAGAAGUGAUUAGCUGCAUCAGAAAGGUGGUGAUAGCCGAUAUUGCAAUCCAUGCUUCAGCUGAUUGAAGUUGUACGAGUGUAUGCAGCUGAGUUUUUGAAAGCUGCAUUACAUAAUGUCCCAUUAUUGUAAAUUAGUACUGUAGAAUCAAUCAAACAUUCAUUGCCAGCUUGAACCACCGAAGGGCCGAAGGCCACCCAGGUGCAGCCAGAGGUGGGCCGGUAAAGGCCUAUCAGUUGCUGCCUUGCGGGCACUAUGAUUUGUCUUUGUUAUAGAUCGACUCAAAUAGGGUGAAAUUCUAGGUGUUUUAAAUCAUUUCAUUAUAUAUUUGGUGGACGAGAUGUUCAUCGAAGGUUUAUGA